AUGCCUUUUCUGUGUUCAAAAAGGUUGCUUCCACUGCAGUAUAGGCUGGAGGACUUGCUAGAUGACUUAACACCCUUUAUCACUCAAAUAACUCAGGACCACAUUAGUGGAGGUGGAUUUGGCGAUGUAUGGAAAUGUAAUUACACUGCAAAUGGUACUUCAGCUGUCAAAAUUAGCCAAGAAAUUGGCAUUUUGACGAUUCUACGACAUAACAAUAUUGUACCAUUGUUGGGUACAGUGACAGGAUUUGGACAGAGGUCAGAGUUGUGCAGCUUAGUAACUCCAUGGAUUCCCAAUGACACGUUGAAUGCCUACCUGGCAUCUAAUCAUGGUGAUCUAACAGUACUGGACCAUUCACAUAUGACUCACCUGAAGUUGGAAGUUAGAGGAUCACUGUUGUCAGUGUAUAUCAUGCAUGGGGAUAUAACAGGGGCAAAUAUAUUGAUUGAUGAGGGAGGUCAGGUGAAGCUAAUCAGUUUUGGUCUUUCCACCAUUGUCCAGCUGCUUCUCAGCCAGUUGCACUUGGGUGCAAUGUCUAUACACCCAGGUCAAAUCUGCUAUGCAGCACCAGAACUUGUCCUAUCAGAAGAAGUCUGUGACAUACCUUUGAAAAAACCCAAUAUCUACUCUUUUGGUUGUGUGACACUUCAAGUGAGCUGGUUCUUUGAUCCCAAAUAUCCUCCUGAGGCCUCAUUGAACAAGAUUCUCUCAGGUCGGCACCCUUGGUUUGAGACCAAAUCCAACAACCAUAUCAUUGUUAUGAUAUCCCAAGGUUGCAGCCCACAGCACCCUAACAGCCAUCCUACAAUAAUGGACUCAGAUUGGGACAUUAUUCAAAAGUGCUUGCAAUUCAGACCCAAACUUCAACCUUCAGCAGAUGAAGUACUCAAUUUUGUCAUGUGUAGACCUUCCUCAUCAGAUUUUCCUAGCCUGUUUGACGAUCCUCCCAAUGAUGCACAGAGUGGCCUCCCUGGAGCUCCCCCUCACCAUGAUCCUGACAACUCUCACAUAACAAAGAAUCUUGUAAAGUCUGAUGCCAAUGAUAAUGAAUGCCAGCUGGUUGACCUUACCACAAAGAUUGUCAAGGAAUUUACUCAUGCUACUGCACAGGGCAGCUUUGGUGACAUAUGGAAAUGCAGAUUCUCAGGAAGAGAUGACAAUGUGGAGGUUGGUAUAAUUUUCAUGGUGGCCAUUAAGUGUGUGAGGAUCGAAAUUCACGACAACCAGUUCAAGGAUAUCAUCAACAAGAGAUUGAUGGACAACUUCUGCAGGUGGAAACCACUGCACCAUGAUAACAUUCUUACCCUGUGCGGGAUUGCCUAUGGGUUUGGUCCAGUGGCAGCUAUCAUAACUCCUUGGAUGUCCAAUGGAUCCUUAAGCACAUAUCUCAAUAGAAACUAUGACAAUCUUUCUCAGGCCCACAAAUUCAGCUUGGCAAGUCUUCCCCAAUGA